AAAGACAGUUCCUAAUAAGUCCAAUAUCCUAACUCGCACCACCCAGUCCAAGGUCCAAGAGGCCCAACCGCCAACAACCCAAAGAUUCAUAUUUCGUCAAGGAAUUAGGGUACAGAGCUACUAGCACAGCCAGAGCCAGGAGCAGGAGUGCAGGAUUCAGCACUUGAGCAGGGAAGAGAUGGAUGCAUUUUCAUCACCUUCGAGCGGAUCGUCGUCUCAACCGUCAGCAGAGGCUUUCAUGGACCAGUUCAAGGUUCAGCUUGCCCAGGCUCAUGCAGAGGAAUUCCUUGAGACAAUAAGAGGGAAGUGCUUUGACAAGUGCAUUACGAAGCCAGGAACAAGCCUGAGCGGGAGUGAAAGUAGUUGCAUUUCAAGAUGUGUGGAUCGCUACAUUGAAGCCACGGGUAUUGUCAGCCGAGCUCUUUUUGGCUCACCGCGCUAGAGGUUUCAGGAUCUUCGCGGCUGCCAUAUCUCCAAGAAAUUGCAUCAGAGAGUGCACUCUGGAGGAUUCUUAUUACUGAAGCUCGUUGUGGACAAUGGUUCACACAAGUUCUUAAAAUCUUAAAUGUAACGUUUGCUUUCAUUACUUUAUAUUUUUACUCCGUGGUUUUAUUAAUUAAGAAAAGUAGGUCACAUUAUAAACAUGAUGUUUGGACUUCAAAUAGUAUGCACUGGCCGUAGCUGACAGAUUUUUUUAGUGGAAAUAAAACAUUCAUUUAUGUUGAUCACAAAA